AUGUUUAUGUAUUUGGAGGUCUGCUACUACAUCAUUAUAUUGGCGACCCACAUGAAGUCCUGUUGCAGUUGGUCAGUGAAUAAUUUCCUGAUGACCGGCCCAAAGGCCUAUCUGAUCUACUCCAGCAGUGUGGCAGCCGGAGCCCAGAGUGGGAUCGAGGAAUGUAAGCACCAGUUUGCCUGGGAACGCUGGAACUGUCCGGAGAGAGCGCUCCAGCUGUCCACCCACAGCGGCCUCCGGAGCGCCAAUAGGGAGACAGCGUUCGUGCACGCCAUCAGCUCGGCCGGGGUGAUGUACACGCUGACGCGGAACUGCAGCCUGGGAGACUUCGACAACUGCGGCUGUGACGACACGCGCAACGGACAGCUGGGGGGCCAGGGCUGGCUCUGGGGCGGCUGCAGCGAUAACGUUGGAUUCGGGGAGGCCAUUUCCAAGCAGUUCGUCGACGCCUUGGAGACGGGCCAGGACGCACGGGCCGCCAUGAACCUGCACAACAACGAGGCGGGGCGCAAGGCGGUGAAGGGCACGAUGCAGCGCACAUGUAAGUGCCACGGGGUGUCGGGCAGCUGCACCACGCAGACCUGCUGGCUGCAGCUGCCCGAGUUCCGGGAGGUGGGGAACUACCUGAAGGAGAAGUACGAGCGGGCGCUGCAGGUGGACGUGCUGCGCGGGGCGGGGAACAGCGCGGCCAGCCGGGGGGCCAUCGCCGACACCUUCAGCUCCAUCUCCCGCAAGGAGCUGGUGCACCUGGAGGACUCGCCCAACUACUGCCUGGAGAACAAGACGCUGGGCCUGGCGGGCACGGAGGGCCGGGAGUGCGUGCGGCGGGGGAAGGGCCUGGGCCGCGGGGAGAGGCGCAGCUGCAGGCGGCUCUGCGGGGACUGCGGCCUGGCCGUGGAGGAGCGCCGCGCCGACACCCUGUCCAGCUGCAACUGCAAGUUCCACUGGUGCUGCGCCGUCAAGUGCGAGCAGUGCCGCAAGACCGUCACCAAGUACUACUGCGUGAAGCGCCAGGGCCGCGGGGGCCGCCGCAGGGGCCUCAGCCUGCGCCGGAAACACUGA